AUGACUCAACUAGAUUCUCAGUCUUACAAACAGGAUACACCCGUAUUCGGGCACAAUAUGCUCCAGUACUACACUCUGGAUCCAGAUUACAUCAAUCUGAACAAUGGAUCAUAUGGAACGACCCCUCUCCCAGUCCAACGUGCUGUGGUUGAGCUGCAAGCCAAGAUUGAGUCAAAACCAGACCUGUUCCAUCGAGUUUUGUUUCAACCGAUGCUCAUAGAGGUGCGAGAGAGGCUGGCAAGUCUUAUCGGGGCGAAGACGGACGAGGUUGUGCUCGUCACCAACGCAUCAAUGGGCCUCAACGUUGUCCUGCGGAACAUAGAUUGGGAAGAAGGGGACAUCAUCAUCGCAUUCACCACGACGUACAACUCGAUAUCACGGACUGCCGCCUAUCUGAGCGACAAGCCGCCCCACCCGACAAUAACAGUGAUAGACCUCGCGUUUCCGAUGACUCAUAACGACAUCAUUAAUAAAUUCAAGGCCCACCUGGAAGCACACCCAGCCAAACCAAACAAAAAGCGCGUUGCAAUUAUUGACAGUAUCGUAUCCAACCCCGGUGUCUUGCUUCCGUGGCAAGAGUUGGUCAAUAUUUGUAAAGAUUCAGGAGUUUGGAGUGUCGUUGAUGCAGCACAUUCCAUCGGACAAGAAGUCGGACUGAACUUGUCAGAAAUCGCUCCAGAUUUUUGGAUAUCUAAUUGCCACAAAUGGCUCUCUGCAAAGAGAUCCUGUGCAGUUCUAUACGUUCCCGAGCGAAACCAGCACAUUGUCCGGUCAUCGAUACCUACUUCGGCAUAUUACAUCUCACCUCAGGAUCGUCAUGGUCAACCAAACUUUGUCAAGCAAUAUGAAUGGAACGGCACGAUAGACUACACGGCGUAUCUGACUGUGAAGGAUGCCCUGGAAUUUCGAAACUGGAUGGGCGGUGAGGAAAAGAUCAACGACUAUUGCCACAACCUUGCAAUCACUGGUGGACGGCGAAUGGCAGAAAUCAUGGAGACAGAGGUUAUGGACCCCAGCGGUGAACUUACGCUGAACAUGGUAAAUGUCGAGCUUCCGCUUCCAGGCGAUGUCAGCGAGGCAGUAGGUACAAAGAUGCAUGCCAGCUUGCAACAUAAAAUGCUAUUGGAGCAAAACGCGUACUCUGCACACUUUUAUCACAAUGGAAGGUGGUGGACUAGAUGUAGCGCCCAGGUUUGGAACGAGUUGGAUGAUUUUGAAAAGAUUGCGCAGAAAUGGGUGCAAGCUUGUAAGGAAGUCAAAGAGGAACUUGGUCUGGGAGAUGGAAAAUGA